CUAUUGCUAACGACUUUAUCAUGCAAGUGCGGACUGCCAACGAACCCACGCCCGCAGUGACCCCUGACGGCCGCGUGUUGACUCGCGCUACGCUCGAGUGCGUGCCAGGCUUGGUUGGUCCCACCACCACUCAUCCCGGCAAGAUCACGGCGACGGCCAUGACCAGCGGUGCUACCUGGGGUACCGGAGACAUUUGGACUUAGGGACUACUGAUCUUGGACAAAUGCCACUAAGCCUUUAGUUAUAGGGCUGGCGCUGUAUACUCAAGACUUGCCGUACUGCGCAUGCUGAUUUUGGUUUGAGAGCUCGUUGAGGUCUACGCCCACAACAGGCGAACAAGUCACACGGGGCACCCUGACAUCCCGUUUUACCGCGCCUACUACACCUGACGGACGGUUCUACCUGUCAAACGGGCCAACGCCUGUGGAAGUCGUUCAUCAAAGCAUCCGUUUACUGCACCUUGAAGUCUCCCAUCACCGUGGCCCUUCGGGAGAAUGAUGUCGGGUGGCUCCGUGCCUGUGCCCACGCAUCUCGCACAUCAAAUGUCGCCGUGAGAAUCUCACAGAUUACGUCCAUACAGGAUUUCAUAUCCCCAUCGGUGCUUGAAAAGGGGGUGUUGUCGUCAGGUGUGUUCACAGGUACAUGGAGUUAGUUAUAUCUGCAGUACACAUCAACGCGGUACGUCUUUAUCGAAGAGAGCGUAGUUGAACGCCAUAUCUCGCCACAAAGGGCCUCUUGAUAACUGCAGCGGUAACUCUCAGAAGACCGCUCAACAGAGCCUGGAUUUGUAAUUAUACGGUUUGCAAAAGAAACGCUUGCUCUGUAUAGCUUGCUUUGUUCUGCCGGGGGCGCUGUGCUGCACGGGAACAAGAACCGAACCUGGCGGACACUUCAGGAGAUAAGCCACCGUCGGAGCAAAUUGAUAACCUUACGUGUGCGAACGUGGCAGCCGACGGUCAGGACCAGGACCAGGACCAGGACAUGCUGCUGGAGUCUCUGUCCAUACAGGACGGGCCUGAGGGAAAAAGCAUGCCGGGUAGGCGGAAUGGUGUCACGGUCCAGGAGCCGCCCCAGGAGCUCCAGGCGGGAGGGGGAGGGGUGGGGAGGAGGGGCCGCAGACCCUCGGGAGUCAAGUUCUCCGCCCCCGUGAUGUUCCAGGAGAGCGUGCAGUCCGGGGACUUCCGCGGGAUCGUGGAGGCAGGGGCGCUGCUCAGACGAAAGAGCGUGGACGUGCAGGUCAACGCCAUUAACCAAGCAGGACUAACGGCCCUCCACCAGGCGGCGCUUGACGGCAACAUUGACUUCGUGAAACUGCUCGUUCGGCACGGAGCGAAGGUGAACUGUCAGGACGAGGAUGGAUGGACUCCACUCCACGCCGCAGUUGCCGAGGGACAUCCUCAGGUUGCCCGUUUCCUGUUGCGAAGCGGCGCCAGGAGGAGCGUCCGUAAUGCCGACGGUGACACGCCGGAGGAGCUGGUGGAAGAGGAGGACGAUGACAUGGAGAGUGUCUUCCGGGAGGAGGUGGAGGGCGUGGAGGGAGCGAUCGGAGAGGCGGAGGAGGAGGAAGGAGCGGUGGGCGAGGACCACGGUGGUGCUGUGGAGUUCACUGACUCUGCCGGGAUUUCUGUCAGGUUCUAUAACCCGCAGAACGACGACGAUGACGGCGAUGAUGAUGAUGAAGAAGAUGAGGAGGAAGAGGAAGAAUUCCGCCAUAUGAAUGGCAAAGAUGACGAGGAAGAAGAAGAUGAAGAGGAAGACGAGGAUAUUGCAGCCACUCGGUUUUUGGCGAAGCUCAGACGAGAUUCUGUUUACUUAGUGAAGCAGAAGAGACAAUCGGAGGCCGACGCAGAGUCCUAAAUGUACAUAUUCAAACUUAAGCUAUUCUGCUGUUCUGGUAGACACGUGAUAUCCAGUUAUAGUUGCUAUGACUUGGAACUAUUAAACGGUUGUGAAGGUAUGCCGGAGUCUAGAACAUCAUAAGACAUCUGUAGUACCGUGUCAACAACAUGGUGUUCUGUGGCUAACUAAACGACCACUGGUAUUGAAGUACCGUCUGGAUAUUGGAUGAUAGGCUAUCCUACAGGAGAAAAUAAAAUACCAGUACCAUGAGUACGUGGUACUCAUACUCAACAGGCUCCGGUUAGAAGCGACGACAAGCGACUUUAGACAAUAAUGCAACGUCUAUGCUCGUGGCACGUCCUACCUGACUGAACCUUCCUGUUCGAUCGUCGUUCUUAUGAUGUCCAAGUUAGCUGGGGAUCUGUGUUGCUCCAUAGAUUAUAGCCCACCGUCGCCGUAAUAAGUGUUAUAGCAUUGGAUACCAUGGUAUGUAUCAACCCUCCGUUUUAACAGCGAGAUGGAGGGGUUAUGUGGGCAAAUACUAGUACGUAAUUCGUGAAUAAUUUAUCCGGAAAAAUGGAAUGUCACUCUCAGACUUCUGUAAUAUUAAGAACUUCCUAUCUGUCUCCACUAUCAUUCCUUUGGGGUUCCCGAUAACUAGUGUGUCAUUCUCACAUGCCCGGUGUUGUCGUGUGAUGUCGCGACCUAAUCUAUCUCCAA